CAAGGACACAUAGAAAAAAUGAAAGUAGCCUUGUUGUGUCUGUGCUUGGCGAGCACGACCUUCGCUGCACCGUCAUUCUUUCAUUACCUGCCUCAUUAUACGGGCUCCAGACAAGUGCCACCCCCUCAGGCUCUACCACAGACUGGAAUUCCUGGUGCCUAUAGCGUGGAGCUAAUUUAUCCUCACACAUUUGGUGCAGCUGGAGGUGCGACUGCUGGACAGUCUUUCCCCACUCAAGGUUUCAUCAAAUACUCCAUCCCACAGCCUCCAGGCAGACAGAGCGUUGAAGUUUACUACCCAUAUGAUUUUGCACAGCAGAGGAUAAUUGCAAACAUGCCCCCGAUGUCAAAUGUUCCUCACAGCCCCAACAUUCUGCCGUUUGACUUCCCACCUCAAAACAUCCCUCCACCACCUCAGAAUAUUCCCACUUUUGACAUGAAGCCACUUCCAUCCCAGGACCCUCUGAACCAGGCCCAGCAGGACCAGCCCAUCCAGAGCAGCCAGGCACCGACCAAAGUUUAAAGUGAAUGCAAAAACAAAGUUACACUCUUUUUAACAGUAGCCAUGCGCCGGAAGAUUUCAAGAACUGCAACCAACAUACUAAAUGUUUCUAAGCCUUUCUGUAUCCAUUCCUACUUUAACUUAACACUUUGUAGUAUGUUUCUUAUCUUUCAUUAAUUUAAAUCACUUUCACAUCACUUAAAUUAAUUGUAUUUAAGUAAAUAAAAUUUUGAAGCAA